ACACACCCUCUUCGGUAUAUAUUUGUUCUCAUGGCCUUCCCAUGCGCUCCCGUCCCAUGCCUUUGCUUCCCCUUGUUUGAUUCCCCAGAUCAACCAUCGUAGCCUGCCUUGGAGCAAACUAAUACAUAAUAAAUCUACUCAGCAACCCCAGCUCCGAGCUUUAUUCGCUUUCACUAUUCGUAUCGCGAUAACUAUAUCUAUCACAUCCACCUAUUACCCGCAACUCGACUUACACGGACGCCACACUUAUACACGAGUCUCGCAACUUUCUUCGAAACGAAAGCGAAGCAAAAAAAAUAUACUAUAUAUUUCUGCUGCUACGAAAUCAACAACAAUAACAACUACUACUACAACUACUACUACCAUCCGCCAUCAUGUACAGCCCAUACGGCUCCUACAGCUCGAUGAGCUCCUCGCAACCGAUGGACAUCCCGCGCAGCAGCUACCUGUCCCACAACUCGACGUACCAGUCCAGCUGCGCCUUCCCCUCGUGGCCGCAGCGGUCCUCGCUCACCGACGCGCACGAGGAGCGCGCGACCUCGUACCUGUCGGACGACGACCUGUUCCCCUGCGACCUGUCGGACGACGCGCACAGCAUCUCGAGCAGCUCGGGGAGCACGACGCCGACGUCGAUCGCGCGCGAGGUCGACCUGCUGCAGCUGCAGCGCGAGCAGAUGGCCAUGCAGCGCGAGGCCGUCAAGUUCCUGCUCAAGGAGAAGGAGAGCCGGCGCCAGGCGGCCAAGAAGCAGCGCCGCAGCAGCAGCUCGAAGAAGAGCCCGAAGAGCAGCAAGGCGGCGCACCUCGACGUCAUCACCGAGGGUGGAGAGUGAGGCGGACUUUCCCUCCCGUGUCGGAGAUCGAAUGCAUGCUAUACUAAUAAUGUAUUUGGACGAUGAUAUAUUUUGUUUUAACACCACCACCACCACUAUUAUUUUUUAACGACCAUAACGCCUAACCCCCAAUGAUGAGAUACCCAAACCCCUGAUACCCACCAACCACCCCCUCCCAGUGCAUAGAUAGGUACGCAUCGGCCGCCGAAUAGGCGGUGAUGCAUGACGCCGCGGCGCUGGGAUGCAUCCUACCCGCGCCACUUAUAUAUACACACAACGGGGAUUUUUAUCAUUUUAUCUAUCAAACCAAGAUGUAUAUGUCAGUCAGUCAGUCAGUCAGUCA